UUUCUCAAAAUCAGAUUUCACAACAGCCCGGCUCUGUUUUAGCCGCAUCAGUAUGAAUGACAUCACGCCAUGUCAGCUGGUGAGAAGCAGCCUACAGUAUUGUGACAUCAGAUGAAACCCACAGAAAGAUCACAUCCAAAAAUGCUAUGCAUCUUUUCAGAGGAUACACACAUUAAACCUCAUUAGUAGUGACAUGCACGCAUCACCCAGCAUCAGAAACCGCCUGUUUUAUUUAACCCGUAGUGGUUAGACCGCUGUGUCAUUCACAUAUAUUUCUAUCCUCUUGUGAGCCAGAAGCUGCCAUGUGUAACAUUUACCCUUUGGUCACCACCAGCCCCAAUGGUGUUUUUGAGGUAGACCCAGCCAGACCACCCUCCAUAGCCAUCUACCUCCUCUUUCCCUUGUUGAACAUUAAGAGUGCUGGUGUAUUACCCACAGCGGCCUAUUGGGGGUGCUAGCACACUGAUAUGAUUUGUGUGAAAAGGGAAUCCUGUGUCUUUGGAGUCAGACUGAAAAAUGGUAAGGGUACAUUUGUGCCCUGCCACUUUGGCAUAGGAACUGCAUUUUCCUGUAAUUACAGUAUAUCCGUUUUGUUGAGUCCAGAAAAAUUUGAAGGACUGUACCCAUUAUUUGCUCACUGUAACUCAGCUUGCGAAGUCGAAUCGUGUUCUUGUCAUCACCUUUGUUCCAAAAAUAUAUGACAAACUAUAAUUGUUAUUGCUUUGUUUUUUAUUUUUAUUAUUUUUUAUUUUUUGGCGGGAGAGAUUGUAUUGUCCUGUGUCUGAAUGUUAUGACCUCUGUAGGCCACAAGAGGGAGUCUUGUACAUGGUUCUCAACAUGUGCCUCUUCAUUCAGCAAUCUAUUUUCACAUGUAUCACCCUAUAAAUAUUGCAUUGACAGAAAUCUUCCAAACCCAAAAAUAUUUGUUGUAUAUACUCAUCACAAAUGUUAAAUGCAAAAGUAUUGGAACAGUCACAAUUUUCUUUUGUUUUGGCUCUGCUCUGGUGCGAUGGAUUUGAAAUAAAACAAUGAGUGAGUAUAUGGUUUUAGAUUGUCCACUUUAAGUAUUUCCAUCCAUAUCGGGAUGAUCCUCGUAUUUUAGGGGGGAAAAGUAACUGGACAAAUUGGCAUAAUCUGAAAUUGUCAUAUUUAGUACUUGCUUGCAAAUUCUUUGCAUUUGACAUCACCAGGCUUGUACUGCAGCCAUCUUCAGUUCCUGUUUGUUUCUGGGGUUUUUUGUCUUCAGUCUUUUUUCUGAGAGUGAAACACAUGUUCAGUUAGAUUUAGGCCUUUGGAUCAUUAGUAGUUCCUUUCUAUCUCCCCAUUUUUCUCUUUCCAACACUUUGGUGCAGGUUUAUACUCAUCUGAUCUCAUUCAUAAGGCUUUGUUCCACCACUCUACAGUUUUUUUUUAAGUACCUUUUUAGCUAACUCUAACCUGGCCAUUAUAUCGAGACUUACCCGUGUUUUGCAUCUUCAGGCUGGCCUGAUCUGGUAAAUAUUCUACCACAGAGAGACAGAUCGCACCGAUCAAUGAUGUGUACACGGCUGAUAAAGUCUAUCUCCUGUUCUUUCCUGCGGUGUACCAUCUACCUGCCAUCUAUAUGAUCGUUUGGCCACGCCCCCCUUCGCAUGGAUGAGCCUACAUCUUAGAGGGGGAGUGUAAAUGAGUCACAGACGGGCUCCUGGCCUCUGACUGCUCGUAACCGUCCAUCAGGGGGGACAGCGUUCACCUUUCCACCAGUGGCACUGUCUACCACCAUGAUCCUAAAUUGCAUUAGCACGGCUGUUGUUACUAGGCGUUGAGAGGGCGAUGAGAGAGAAAUGGAUGGGACCAGCAUCUUUAUCGCAAUUCAGAAGGUGUACUACCCCCUGUUGUGCAUAAUGGGUAUUCCAGCCAACCUCUUCACAUUCUACAUGAUCUGCUUUCGCAAGUGCGGGAUGUCUGAGACGGCCAUCAUCUACCUGAGCUUCCUGGCUAUCGUGGACACCUUCUACCUGAUCUGGGUGAUCCUCCUGGAUCUGACCCUGACGUUCCUGCAGGUGCAGCCCUUCUGGCACUCCCACCCCUGGUGCGGCAUCCUGGGCUUCCUGCAGUACGGCUCCCUCUACAGCUCCUCCUGGAUCGUGGUGGUGUUCACCAUCGAGCGCUACCUGGUCCUGAGCAUCACCGUCGCCAAGCAACACUUCACCCAGGCCCGGGUCACGGUGCUCACCUGCGUCACCAUCGUCCUGGUCUCCCACCUGGCCUCCGUCCCCUUGGCCUGGAUCAACGCCGUCACGCCCACCAACGUGACCCUGCCAGGGGGCCAGAACAUCACCCAGCCCCGGUGCCGGUACCGGGACGGCGCCUACGCCACGGUCAUGGUGUGGGUCACCACCUUCCUCUCCGGGGGGAUCCCCAUCAUCCUCAUCAUCAUCUUCAACUCCCUGAUCGCCUACCACCUGACCAGAGUGAGCAGGCUCUUCACCAAGGAGGAGCGGCGGACCAUGAGGGGCGUGACCACCAAGGGCAUGGUGCGGCGGACCAUCCUGCUCCUGGGCACGGUGUCCGUCACCUUCGUGGUCCUCAGCCUCCCGCGCUUCGUCACCUACUGCAUUCUCCGCACCAAGCACAACGACGACGCCUUCAACCGGAACGACUACGCCAUCCCCAUCAACGUCAUCAGCGACGUGGCCAACAUGCUGCAGAACCUCAACUCCACCACCAACUUCCUGCUCUACUGCAUGGUGAGCAGGAGGUUCCGGCAGGAGCUGGUCUGCCUGCUGACGUGCAGGACGAGGGCCCGGGCCCUGGGCUCCCUGCUCACGCAGACCACCAUGAAGGUCUUCUCCGUGGUGGACCACAAGGCCGAGCCGCCCGCGGACGCCGGAGGCAUCGUACUCACCAAAGUCAAGCAAACCCGCGCCUCCCACUACGAUACCCAAGAUGCACUGCAAAGGGAUGCCUGAAAUAAUCUGACUGGUCGUCCAUACCAAGAAAUCACAACGAAAUGUGAAGUUCGCUUUGAGAUGUCAUAAACAUUGUGAAGUCACAUUCUCUUUCACUUCUCUGCAAUUGUUAUUUGGUACUUGUGUCUUGUGUCGGACUUUCAGAUAAAUUGUAUUGCCAAAUGUAUGAAAUUUAUAUGUGUGUGGAUAAAUUAGUGAAAGCCAAGAUGAGAAUUUUAA